CUGCAAAUGUGAAUGUUGCAAAGAGGACUGCAAAUGUGCAUGUUGCAAAGAGGACUGCAAAUGUGCAUGUUGCAAAGAGGGCUGCAAAUGUGAAUGUUGCAAAGAGGACUGCAAAUAUGAAUGUUGCAAUGAGGACUGCAAAUGUGAAUGCUGCAAAGGUUUUCUAAAUGUGACCAAUCAACGAACAAGUUCAAAAAAUAAAUUUCUCAAGAAGCCCAGAAGGAAAUGCUUGGAAAUGUUAUUUUUAUGUGAGGAUUUAAAGAAUGAUGCCAUGGAAAUACACACAGGAUAUAAAGUUUUCAGAAAAAAGGAAAUCCCCAGAAAACAAAUGAGACUGAUUGCUAAUUCAUCGUGGGUGGGUGAACAAACCACUGAUAAUCAGGAUGCUGAUGUUGAGGUGAUCCUUCCAGCUGAGCUAUCUGAGAGAGCUAAAGAGCAACAGAAUGACCUUUCAAGGAUCAUUUUCACCGUAUUUAAUGACACCGAACUAUUUGAGGAUGAAAAUAAUAGCACACUAUUAAAUGACCAAGUGUUUGGAAUUACUGUGGGAAACACAAGGAUUCAGAACUUAACGGAAGGUGUGACUAUUAAGGUUAAUCACGGCAAAAAUAUGAAAAACGGAUCACAUCGAUGUGUAUUCUUGUUUGAAAGUGACAACGGAAACAUCUCAGACUCCUGGAAUUCCACAGGCUGUAAGACAACAGUUGAGGGUCAUCAAACCAUUUGUGUGUGUGACCAUCUGACCUUCUUUGCUGUGCUGCUGGACUUACGCUUGGACAACAACACGUUGGAUGAAAAAGAUGUGAUGUCAUUAACCUACAUCACUGUGAUUGGCUGUGCGAUCUCUGCCGUCUUCUCUGUCAUCACAGUAUUCCUUUACUGUGUGGUGAGGAAAUAUAAAGGUGAUCACACCACCCAGAUCCACAUUAACCUCUGCAUUGCUUGCUUUCUACUGAAUAUGAAUUUCCUGACCAAUGAGUGGAUUAGUAAGCUGAUGAUUGAUGGUCUCUGUAAGACGAUGGCUGUGCUCCUUCACUAUUCAUUACUGUGCACUUUCACAUGGAUGGCAAUUGAAGGACUUCAUCUCUACCUGAUGCUGAUCAAAGUGUUCAACAUCUAUGUCAAACACUACAUACAGAAACUGGCUUUGAUGGGUUGGGGCAUCCCUGCUGUGGUGGUGUCUUUGUGCAUUGCAGUGGACAAGGACAAUUAUGGACAGUUUCAAAUCAAAAUGCAGGACAAUAACAGCUCUGUUUCCAUGUGCUGGAUAAGAAAUAAUAUAGUCCAUUAUGUUACAAACUGUGGUUUUUUCGGCAUGAUAUGGCUUUGGAACCUGACAAUGCUAAUCACCGUCUGUGUCAAGCUAGCUCAGAUGAGAAAAGGAUUCGGUUCUGUGUCCAGAUCUGUGUGGAAGGAUCUGUGGACGGUCCUCGGCCUCAGUUCUUUGCUGGGCAUCACGUGGGCUUUGCCGUUUUUUUCACAUGGACCAAUGUACGUUGUUCAAACGUACCUGUUUUGCAUCUUAAACUCCCUGCAAGGGUUUUUUAUAUUCUUGUGGUACUAUGCUAUAAAACGACCAUCCAAAGAGCAAAAUACUAAUUAUACAUCAGAUAAGUAAAGAAGAACUGGAAAUGAAACUGCAUUUGCUGGAAAAGACCCCACUGAUUAUAAACUUUAAUUAAGAGCAGCAUUUAUUAUUUCAACUUGCCUUAAAAAUCAGAACCACUAUCUCUAAUUUUUCUUUGCAUGGGUGACUUGCAUUUUGCACUUGAAGACCAGCCUAAUAGUAAUUUGUUGACCUAAAGGGUUAUUCAGGUAUUCAACUGUUGAGCCACAAUGGGACAAUCAAGGUCAAUAACACCACUGAGCAUACUUUUCCCACCCUCCCACUCCCACUUUCUGCUUUCUGCAGAGAUCACUCCCUACAAGACUCCCUUGUCCAUUCGUCUCUCCUCACUGAUCUCCCCCAACACUUGUCCUUGCAAGUGGAACAAGUGCUGCACCUGCCCCUACAGCUCCUCCUGCAGGGUCCCAAACAGUCAUUCCAGGUGAGGCGACUCUUCACCUGUGAGUCUGUUGGGGUCGUUUCCUGCGUCCGGUGCUCCUUGUAUGGCCUCUUGUAUAUCAGUGAGAUCCAGCUUAGAAUGGGAGACCGCUUUGCCAUGCACCUACACUCCAUCUGCCGGAAGAAGUGCGAUCUCCCAGUGGCCACCCAUUUUAAUUCCACUUCCCAUUCCCAUUCUGAUAGGUCUAUCCCUAGCCUCCUCUACUGUCGCAAUGGGGCCACACUCAGGUUGGAGUGACAACACCUUGUAUUCCGAAUGGGAAGCUCACCACCUGAUGGCCUGAACAUCGAUUUCUCUAACUUCUGAUAAUAUUCCCCCCCCCUUCAACAUUCCCCAUCUCCUUUUCCCUCUCUCACCUUACCUCCUUGCCUACCCAUUGCCUCCCUCUGGUGCUCCUGCCCCCAUUUCUUUCUUCCAUGACCUUCUGUUCUCUCCUAUUACAUUCCUCCUUCUCAACAGGUACAUUUAAUGUCACAGAAAUGUAUACAAUAUAAAUCCUGAAAUGCUUUUCCUUCACAAACAUCCACAUAAUCAGAGGAGUGUCCCAAACAAUGAAUGACAUUAAGCUUUAGAACCCCACAGCCCCCUCCCCCAGCUCCCCCUCCCACACACAAGCAGCAACAAGGCAGCAACCUCCCCCACUCAUCCCCAUCAGCAAAUAGCAUCAGCACCCUCCACCGAGCACUCAAGCAUACAGCAAGCAUCAAUAAAGACACAGACUAGCAGUACCCCCAAAAACUACUCAUUCACCAGGUAAUUCAAUAUACCACAGGCUCUCUCCCUCUCCCCAAUGAGGGAAAAAAGAGGUGUCCCGAUUUCACAGUGAGAGGUGGGACAUAAGAAACAACUCACUGAUUUACGAUAUUAAAGUCUGUGGUGUCACUUUUUCUGAGCUCUGCGCCCAGAGAACCAGCCCUAGAAAGGUGCAGAUUUCUGGACACACAACCCACGGCAGCUAACCCGCUGACCCCGAAGAUCCGUGUUCUCCCACGGCGCCUCAGUCAGGGGCACCGGCCUAGAAUCAGCAUGUUUCCAGAGCUACAAAAAUACAACACCCUGAAGGUGCACUGGUCUUCCAGGCUGCGUCCUUGGGAUAUCAAAAUGAGGCCGUGAGAGCAGGUCCCAUUCCCGCAGAGCACCAAAGUCAGAGUGUAACUCCAGGUCAGGGUCUUCAAAAGAACCCUGAAAAUGAGAAAAAACAGAUGAAAGAUGGAAAUAGAGCUGCUUCCAAAGAUGCAAAGUUAGUGCCAUCAUCACUCCAGCCCUGUAUCUCUUUCACCAAUCAACUUCCCAACUGUUUACUUCUCCCCUCCCAAUUCGGGUUUCACCUAUCACCCUCUCCUCUCCCCACCUUUUAAAUCUACUCCUCAAUGCUUUUCCUCCAGUCCUGAUGAAGGAUAUCAGCCUGAAUCGUCAACUGUACUCUUUUCCUUAGAUCCUUUUCCUCCUGCAUUUUGUGAGUGUUAAUGAUUUCAAUGUUCAACUUGUACAUGUUAAUUACGAAAAUCACCCACUACUGUAAUUUGCAAAGGUAUCCUUCAGUUGUCAGAAUAUCUGGUUGAAAUUUUGCCAUCUUUAUCAGCAUUCUCCUUAUAGGUUGGUUUCCUUGACAAUCAUAAGCAGGCCAACACUUUUGUGCAACACAUGAAAAAUGCCAGAGGAACUUAGCAAGUAUGGAGGGAAAUAAAGUCAAAGUCUUUGGCCAAAACCCUUUGUUUUGACAUCUACAAUCUUCUCUAUGAGCUUCCCACCUUGAGCGGAGUGGAAUUAGAAAGUACAACCAAUGUACUGGAAAAUGAAAAUUAUAUAACACUAACUAAGGCAUAGCAGUUUCCUUAUUUCAGAGUGAUAUACCUUCUGACUUACUUGAGCAAUUUUAGAAAAAAAACAUUCCUUUUUUUAAAAAAAGUGGUUUAAUACAAUUGGUGACAGCUGAAUGUAUUUCUGCAGGAUAUAGAACAUUUACAAGAAAUUUUAUAUCCAUACAGGUGUCAAUUCUAACUUAUAUUGUACUUAUUAUUAUGUUCAGUAAUUGUAACUAUUCCGCAAACUUGAAGAGUGAAUUAAGGGAACAUCAGCUGACAGAAUCGACACUCUGUCCCAGUGAGUGGCAGUGAGGGGAGGGAAGGGAAAAGAUCAGUAGGUGUCUAGUGGCAGUAGGUUAACGGACCUGAUGUCAGACCUGUUUCUUUCUCAGUGCUGCAAGUAUUCCAACCCAGAUGUUACCUCUGAGACUCCCCAGAGAAGCCCUGCAACUCCAUCCCUCCUGUAACUCUCACCCUGGGACUCCCACAUUCAUGUACCUGUCACCCUGGGGAUCCCUUGCUCCCACCCCAUUCACCGAGGCUCUUGCAACUUCACUCCCCCCUACCUACCCAGCAACAAUCACUCCUGCCCCAGUCACCCUGGGUCUCCCUCAAUCCCAUCCAUCACACCGAGGCUCUUAUAACUCCACACUCCCUUUCACCCCCAGGGGCUCCCUCACUCCUGCUGGUUUCAAGUAUCUGGUAACUUUGUACUUUAAACCCCAAACCUUAUACUUUAUACAUACAGUUCAUACGUAGUGAAUACAGUCAUGAUAUAUCAUUCUCCAUGUUCAGAGUACCAGCAACACAACAUGUCCUAUUACAAUGAAUGAAUCAACACCGGUCACAUCCCCCUGGAUAAUUACAUGGAUGAGAUGUGUGAGAGGCAGUUACACAGGGCACUCUCCUCAGUGUCCCAGACUGUGAGCUGAGUGCAGCACCGCAGGGGGUGGGAGGGGAGAGGAGAGGAGAGGAGAGGCCGGUGUGGAUGAAAAGGGAAACCAGGGCCCAUGCUGCCCCUUCAGUACAACAUGAAGGAUCACACUGAUCGAUUCCACAAAGGAGAAGGCCAGAUAUCCCUGGGUUCUGACCAAUAUUCAUCACUGAAGCAACAGCUCCUGAACAGGUUUAUUUGGCUAUUAACACUUUGUUGUUUCUGAAGUCUUGUUGUGCUAUUUGCCUGCAUUAUUAGUGACUAUCCUUCAAAACAGACUUCAUUGGCUGUGACCCACUUUUAUUAAAUUGGAGGAAGAUUCUUUUGACUUAUUAACACAUAAAACAGACACUUAAAUCAUAAAUGCCAGAAUGUUACUCAGAGCGGAACUGAGUCUGUUCAGGUGGUUUGUAAAGGGAAUGAGUUUGAUCCUUCUGUGUUGCAAUGGAGAGAAUGUGUAAACAUAGCAAUUUAUUUCAUUUUGUGUAUGGUAAUUUCUUUCUG